UAUUCAAAUUUCUCUUUGUUAAGGAAUCCUGAGGACCUUGCAAUAUGAAUAAUUCCCUGGAGAACACCAUUUCCUUUGAAGAAUACAUCCGUGUGAAGGCGCGAACAAUCCCUCAGCACAGGAUGAAGGAGUUCCUGGACUCCCUUGCUUCCAAGGGGCCUGAAGCUCUACAGGAGUUCCAGCAGACAGCCACUACCACGAUGGUAUAUCAGCAGGGUGGCAACUGCAUUUACACGGACAGCACAGAAGUAGCUGGGUCUUUGCUUGAACUUGCUUGUCCUGUUACAACCAGUGUCCAGCAGCAAACCCAGCAAGAGCAGCAGAUACAGGUUCAGCAGCCACAGCAGGUCCAGGUGCAAGUCCAGGUCCAGCAGUCGCCACAGCAGGUCUCCGCCCAGCAGCUCUCACCCCAGCUCACCGUUCACCAGGCCUCUGAGCAGCCAAUCCAGGUGCAGGUGCAGAUCCAGGGCCAGGCUCAGCAGCAGGCAUCACAAACCAUCCAGAGUCAAGCUCUGCAGAGCCCGAGCCCCUCACAGCUGCAGGCGGCUCAAAUCCAGGUGCAGCACGUGCAGACGGCCCAGCAGAUCCAGGCUGCUGAGAUCCAGGAGGAGCACAUACAGCACCAGCAGAUCCAGGCCCAGCUGGUGGCAGGACAAGCUAUUGCAGGGGGCCAACAGAUCCAGAUCCAGACCGUGGGGGCACUGUCACCUCCACCCUCCCAGCAGGGUUCCCCACGGGAGGGGGAGCGCCGCAUCAGCACCGCCAGCGUCUUGCAGCCUGUGAAGAAGCGCAAAGUGGAUAUGCCCAUUACGGUAUCAUAUGCAAUUUCGGGGCAGCCUGUUGCCACAGUGCUGGCCAUUCCCCAGGGCCAGCAGCAGAGCUAUGUGUCUUUGAGGCCGGAUUUGUUAACAGUGGACAGUGCCCACCUCUACAGUGCCACUGGGACCAUUACUAGCCCCACUGGAGAGACUUGGACCAUCCCUGUUUAUUCUGCUCAGCCACGCGGUGACCUCCAGCAGCAAAACAUAACCCACAUUGCCAUCCCCCAGGAGGCCUACAAUGCCGUCCAUGUCAGUGGCUCGCCAACAACGCUGGCUGCUGUGAAGCUGGAGGACGACAAAGAGAAGAUGGUGGGGAGCACGUCUGUUGUGAAGAACUCGCAUGAGGAAGUGGUGCAGACACUUGCCAAUUCGCUCUUCCCAGCACAAUUCAUGAAUGGCAACAUCCACAUUCCUGUGGCCGUGCAGGCCGUGGCAGGAACAUACCAGAACACGGCGCAGACAGUGCACAUAUGGGACCCGCAGCAGCAGCAGCAGCAACCCACACCCCAGGAGCAGGGGCAGCAGCAGCAGCAGUUGCAAGUGACUUGUUCGGCUCAAACUGUUCAGGUAGCAGAAGUGGAGCCGCAGCCACAGCCUCAGCCUUCACCUGAACUCCUGCUUCCAAACUCUCUGAAGCCAGAAGAAGGGCUGGAAGUGUGGAAGAACUGGGCACAGACCAAGAAUGCAGAGCUGGAGAAGGAAGCCCAGAACAGGCUAGCUCCCAUCGGCAGGCGCCAGCUGCUGAGAUUCCAGGAAGAUCUCAUCUCCUCGGCUGUGGCUGAGCUGAAUUACGGGCUCUGCUUAAUGACCCGAGAGGCUCGCAACGGAGAUGGCGAGCCCUACGACCCAGAUGUGCUUUACUACAUCUUCCUGUGCAUUCAGAAGUAUCUCUUUGAAAACGGCCGAGUGGACGACAUCUUCUCAGAUCUCUAUUACAUACGGUUCACCGAGUGGUUACAUGAAGUUCUCAAGGAUGUGCAGCCCCGGGUCACUCCUCUGGGUUACGUCCUCCCCAGUCACGUGACUGAGGAGAUGCUGUGGGAGUGCAAGCAGCUGGGAGCCCAUUCCCCUUCCACUUUGCUCACUACGCUGAUGUUUUUCAACACCAAGUACUUCCUCUUGAAAACCGUAGAUCAGCAUAUGAAGUUGGCCUUCUCCAAGGUCUUAAGGCAGACCAAGAAGAAUCCUUCCAACCCCAAGGAUAAGAGCACAAGUAUCCGGUAUCUGAAGGCACUUGGUAUACACCAGACAGGCCAGAAAGUUACAGAUGACAUGUAUGCAGAGCAGACGGAGAAUCCCGAGAACCCUCUGAGGUGUCCGAUAAAGCUCUAUGACUUCUACCUCUUCAAAUGCCCCCAGAGCGUGAAAGGCCGGAAUGACACGUUCUACCUGACUCCGGAGCCCGUGGUAGCCCCCAACAGCCCUAUCUGGUAUUCCAUCCAGCCCAUCAGCAGGGAGCAGAUGGAACAGAUGCUCACCCGGAUCCUGGUGAUACGAGAGAUUCAGGAAGCGAUCGCAGUGGCUAACGCCAGCACCAUGCACUAGGCAUCCGUCUCAGCUGGACGGGGGUGGGGGGGCGAGGAUGGAUUGUACAGACUUUCACACUAAAGGAGAUGCCUACAUUUUGUUUUUUAUUGGUGUAGUUAUGAAGCCCUUUUAGGCUUCUUCUCUUUAAAAGAAUCUAAAAGGAAAACCUACCCUUUGUGUCUCCUACCGAACACGCUGAACUGUGGCACCAGUGGAGGCCAAUUCUGUGUGCAGGGAGCUGCGGAAAGCUGCUGGCCAACUGGCUUUUCUAUGAUGUGGAAAACAGACGUGAACCAUGGGUUUGGCCAGGACGGCUGGGGCUCAGCGUCUCCUCGGAUCACGAGCAGAGCGAAUGAGGGCUGGACCUGCCCCGCUGUGGGAAGAGGCGAGUGUCUUUUCUGACCUCGCAUUUGGACAGUGCGUCACCGUUGCCCUGGAGAAUGAGAAGGAGAGUGAACUGCAAUUAUGAUUUAUUAAAAAUACAAUUUCUAUCCAAACCUUUAAGUGACAUUUUUAGAUGUUAAAAGUAAAAACUUUACCACGCAUUUCUUUUUUUUUUUGGCCCAGCUUGAGGCCUUAAACCUUGAGGCUCCCAUGCCUGAUGGAAUUCUUGUAACAUACACUUGUGUAUCAUAUAAAGAUACCACACUGUUUCUCUUAUGUAUUCUUACUCUAGUUGUUUAUUAAGAAUGACGAGCACGUCUUUUCAACAUG